UGUAACGCCGGACGUCCGUGCCGGGGCAUGGCCGCCGCCGGUGCCGGGCCCUUGAGUUGAGCGCCUGUCGCUGGGAGCCAACCGCCGCCCUCAACCGUCCACGCGGGGGCCCAGGCGCCGCCGGACCGGCGAGGAGCCGCGGCCACCGCAGAGGAGGAGGAGGCAGCAGGAGGUCGGAGCGGUCUCCGCGGCCGGGCACAUGGCGUCCAUCUUACUGAGGAGCUGCCGCGGCCGUGGGCCCGCCCGCCUCCCGCCGCCCCGCGCCGCCGCCCCGAGGGGUAGUCUGGGGGAUCGUGCUUGUCUCAGUUGUGCCAACACCGUGGGGUUGAUAAGCCGCGUGAAUGUUCCCUUUGGCUGCUGCGCUCCCGUCCACCCCAUGUAUCUUUCCUUCAGAGGCGAUCCCCUCAGCUGUUGGACUCAGAGGCCUGAGCGCACGUGCACGGUGACUCGAGCACCAUGGGCCCCUGCCUCGGCAGGUCUGGUUGUCACGGGGCCACAGUUCCUUCCUGUGCGCUGCUGGCACUCCUCGCCCCCGCUGAACGAUGACUCCGUGGUGGAGAAGUCCCUGAAGUCCUUAAAGGACAAGAACAAGAAGCUGGAGGAGGGAGGCCCGGUGUACAGCCCCCCGCCGGAGGUGGCCGUGAAGAAGUCCCUGGGGCAGAGGGUCCUAGAUGAGCUGAAGCACUACUACCACGGCUUCCGCCUCCUCUGGAUUGACACUAAGAUCGCCGCACGCAUGCUGUGGCGUAUCCUCAACGGCCACACCCUGAGCCGCCGAGAGCGCAGGCAGUUUCUCCGGAUUUGUGCCGACCUCUUCCGCCUGGUCCCCUUCUUGGUGUUUGUGGUGGUGCCAUUCAUGGAAUUCCUGCUUCCUGUGGCUGUGAAGCUCUUCCCCAACAUGUUGCCAUCCACGUUUGAGACCCAGUCCAUCAAGGAGGAGAGGCUGAAGAAGGAGCUGCGGGUCAAGCUGGAGCUGGCCAAGUUUCUUCAGGACACCAUUGAGGAGAUGGCCUUGAAGAACAAGGCGGCCAAGGGGAAUGUCACCAGAGACUUCGCCGUGUUUUUCCAGAAGAUCCGAGAGACAGGUGAGAGACCCAGCAAUGAAGAAAUCAUGCGUUUUUCCAAAUUGUUUGAGGAUGAGCUGACCCUAGAUAACCUCACACGGCCACAGCUGGUGGCACUCUGUAAGCUGCUGGAGCUCCAGUCCAUCGGCACCAACAACUUCCUGCGCUUCCAGCUCACCAUGAGGCUGCGGUCCAUCAAGGCCGACGACAAGCUGAUUGCUGAGGAAGGGGUAGACAGCCUGAAUGUCAAGGAGUUGCAGUCGGCGUGUCGAGCGCGAGGUAUGCGGGCCCUUGGUGUCACGGAAGACCGUCUGAGGGACCAGCUGAAGCAGUGGCUGGAGCUGCACCUGCAUCAAGAGAUCCCAACAUCGCUGCUCAUCCUGUCCCGGGCCAUGUACCUUCCAGACACCCUCUCGCCUGCCGACCAGCUCAAGUCCACGUUGCAGACCCUCCCGGAGAUUGUGGCGAAAGAAGCCCAGGUGAAAGUGGCUGAGGUUGAGGGCGAGCAGGUGGACAACAAGGCAAAGCUGGAGGCCACGCUACAGGAAGAAGCGGCCAUCCGUCAGGAGCACCAGGAGAAGGAGCUGCAGAGGCUCUCUGAGGCGGCGAAGGAAGUGGAGCUGGAAGUAGUGGCAGAGGCUGCCCCUGGGAGGCCAGUGGCCGAGCUGCAGCCAGAAGUGCCCGAUAUGAUCCUGCCGUCGGAGGCCCUGAAGGACACUGCCCCGGUCCUGGAAGGCUUGAAGGCAGAGGAAAUAACUAAGGAGGAAAUAAACGUACUCAGCGAUGCCUGUUCAAAACUGAAGGAGCAGAAGAAGUCCCUGACAAAGGAGAAGGAGGAGCUGGAGCUGCUGAAGGAGGACGUCCAGGACUACAGCCAGGACUUGCAAGAGAUCAAGAAGGAACUAUCAAAGACUGGAGAAGAAAUGUAUGUAGAAGAGUCUAAAGCCAGCAAGAGGCUGACGAAGAGAGUGCAGCAGAUGAUCGGGCAGAUUGACAGCCUGCUCUCGCAGCUGGAGACGGGUCAGAAGGCCGGCAAGCUGGGCCCGGCUGCUGAGGGCUCGCCUGUGGGGGAGACUGUCAUCAGCGUCACUGAGCUCAUCAGCGCCAUGAAGCAGAUCAAGCACAUUCCUGAAAACAAGCUCAUCAGCUUGGCCUCAGCCCUAGAUGAAAAUAAGGACGGCAAGGUCGACAUCGACGACCUUGUCAAGGUGAUCGAGCUGGUAGACAAAGAAGACAUUCACAUCUCCACCAGCCAGGUGGCCGAGAUUGUGGCCUUGCUGGAGAAGGAAGAGAAGUUGGAGGAGAAGGAGAAGGCCAAGGAGAAGGCUGAGAGGGAGGCUGCGGAGGGGAAGAAUUAGGGCAGCCCUGCUCUCGGGCACCUUGCUGGCCCUCCCUGUGUCUGCCUCCAUCCCACUGCCCUGGCCGCUGCGGUCCUACCGUGAGAGUCAUUGCUUUGAGGUGAUUCUUAGUGACAAAUUUAUUUUGUCUGGAAUAAAUCAGAAACUUCCAUAAUCAAGUAAUUUUUAAUUUUCAUCAUUCCACGAAGAUUUCAUUUCAUCUGGAAUCCCUGAGCCCCUCCAGGGAAUCGUGUCUGGACUCACUGGCACCCUGCUGCAGUGGCCCCAGUUGUGGUGGCCAAGCAGGCAGCCUGCCGGCGGCCCAGAGAUCAUGACCACCCACAGGCCCCUUGGCUCCAGAGGCAGCUUGGGCCAGACUGGGGCAGGAAGGUGCCUCCCUGCGUGUGCCAGUCGCCCAUGGAGCCCAAGGCCUGCAGAUGCGAGUUAGAUGGAAACAGACAGCCCUCCUCAGCUCUGGAGAAGACACCUCUGUUAGUCUGUGGACUUGGGUUCCUGAAUGUCGGUGUAAAUAGGAUCAAUUCGUGCACAUUGCCGAUCAUCUCUGUCGUGAUUGAGAACGUAUGUCCGUCUCUCCGUGGCCUCUGGAAGAUCGUGGUUCUCUGACAGGAGUGUCUCGUGCAAGUUCCUGUUGUGUGUGUCUCAGAGAUCGCUCUUGAUUUACCUUUGAUUUUCUCCUAAUCCUUUAACCAAUUAACUCCUACAGAAUUUUCACACACGACAGUCUGCCUAACUCGUGAGUAGCAGCUAAUGUAAAUUAAGCUGAGAAACUAAUGAAGCCCUUGGAAGUUAAGCAUUUCAUAUUGAGAUAUUGAGUAACUUAUUGUGUGCUGUUGUGGCUUUUAGAAAGUUUCCUAAUUUGGGUUGUUAGCAUCUCGUUGCCCUGUGGGUGAUUGGGACUGAUUUCACUGUGUCCAGUGAUGGGCCCGGCCCUGGGGCAGCCCAGCAGGCUCCAGGUACUCUGAGUGUGCAUGCCCCUGUCACGGCUCUGCAGCAUCAGGGCCACCACGUCCUCACGACACUGAUUCCCUCGGCCCCAGGCUCCUUUGGAACAAGCAUGCUGCUGGCUGAGCUCCUGGGGGCUUGCAGAAAGGCAACGCCUGGAGUGGCCUGUGCAGCACAUGGCCUGGGUUAGAAGCCUAGGGCUUGCCUGGUGCACCUCUGGGUGCAGUGGCGCACUUCCCUGGGCUCAGUGUCCAGCAUCUCAACGCCUGGCAGCUCAGAUGGGGUGGCACUCCAUGGGGCAGGUGGGGUGGGUGGGGCUGGCUCAUGUGGCCUCAGCCCUGUCCGACUCAUCCUUCAAAGGCUGGGUCUGGUUGCUGGCAAGAGUGUUCUUUCAGGGGAAUCCAAACACAGGCUUUGGAAGACAUAGGAAUAGAGUGGCCAGGUUAGCCUGGAGAGGAGGAAUGGGACUCAGAAGCAGUAGCUUCUAAAUUACUUGAAACCCUUUACUCAGCCGUUAAAGAAGAAACUUGACAAAAUAGGAAUAAGAUUAUAUAUUCUGAAACGUAAACCUUUGUAAAGUAACAGUUGGGUUCUAAAGGUUUUUUAUUUCACUUCCUUGAGAAGUCUGUUCUAGAUGCUUAAUUGGUAUUUAUGAAUUGUCUCGCACUUGCUUUGGGGGCCUGUUCGACUGGGAAGGCGUGCUUGCUUGUGAGCUUUGCGGUUGCAAGUGUGCCCCGCGUGUGAUCUUCUUUCUUGUGAGCCGGACUUUGGGGCCCAGGCAGCUGUGCCGGCUCCUGCUCUCACCCUUGCUGCCUCUGCCAGGCGCCCUGGGUGUCCCCACUGCUGCUGUCACGGCAGAGCAGCCGCUCCUGCGGGCAGGCAGUCCCACUGCCCCGCUGCUGGGGAACUGCCCGCUCUCUUCAGUUUGUGUAAUGUGGGCUAUGUUCUACUACAGGCCUUCCCCCUUCAUUUUGGGUUUGUUUUUAUUGUCCUGGACUUUAUUUAUUGCUGCUGAAAUGAAGGUCCGGGUGCGGCUGUAACAGACGGUGGGUCUAGAGAUGUGAGGGUUUUGUGUGAUGAGGUUGUACGAGGCUGUGCUGCAUCAGGGCUUGGCCGGCGCGCUCCCUCCCUGUGCGUUCUUGGGGGCACUCCUCUGUUUCUAGAAGCCUGCGGUGUCUACGCCUGCUUCAAAAUGAAACAGAUUCCUAGCAAGUGUUUCCUCCCUCACUCUACCCAAACAUCCAUGUUUUUAGUAGGGAUUCAGGAAACGGGCAUGUGGCUUCCACAGUCAUUUUGGAAUAUCAAAAUCCAGACUUUUUAAAAAGGAAGGGCACCUUGUAAUUGUUGAGGCAUAACCUCCAGGCAGUGGUUCUCAGAGUGGAGCUCUGGGGCUGGCCAGGCACCUCCUAGACCCCAUGCCACCAGCUCUGUCUCUAUGUAUCCUCCAGGGGGCCCGGCUCCCAGCACGCUGCCACCUGACCCUCUGUCCUGGGCCGGCCAUGUGUAAACACCUUUUUUAGAAAGCAUUUUUAUUAAAAUAUCAAGUUAUUGUCCUUGUAACAACUCAAAGUAAGAUUUCUGAACCAUGUGAAACAUCAGAAGUCAAGAUGGAAAAUGUCAGUUGUCUGAGUGUCUGCUUUGUGACAGCUGUGUGGCUCAGUGUCUGGUUCUGGCCUCCCAGUAGAAGCGGGUGGCAAGUGGGCUGUGGGUUGGCAUGCUGCCGCGAUGCCCAAUUCCAGAAGGAGCCUCACCUUCUGGAGCUCAAAUGUGGCCUCGGGUGUUCCCCCUGUUCUGUGACAUUGGGCCCUGCUCUGCCAUCAGACUGUGCACCCAGACUGGUGCCUGUGCUGGUGACUAGACACGCAGUUUGCUGUAAGGGAAGGGUUAAUAAAGCUCUGUCUUGAUGACU